UACCGCCUACGGUUUUAUUACUUGGAUUCCGGCAAUAAACAGUAUCUACGCAUAAACAAACUUCACCUUCACGCCGUGUGUACACGUGACGCGGCAAAACUAUAAUCGGUCACCAGAGAGUACAGUAUGACACGGCGGGCAGCAGCGUCGUAGUUUUAUCGCGUCGCUCGGUGUGUACAGUCAGUGUCUGCAGGGCACUGGAGGUCACUUCCUGAUUUACUGACUUUCAAAACGCUCCGCUUCUCUUUAAAUGACAGCGGCUCGCGCGCCUGAAAAGCGACGGUACCUCCGCAGGUGGAAGUAGCGAGAGUUUUGGACUUUGUUUGAUGCGGACCAGCACUUCUUUCGGUCUCAGCGCAGGUGGAUUUGUCGAUUCGCGUGUUUUCCUGGCACGUUUACACAUCGGUGAGGAUGUUUUAAAAUGGCGGUGGCAGCGUCACAACAGGGUCUGGAGUGAAGGUGAGGAGGUGAUGGACGCACACACAUCCUUCCACCUGCAGCAGGAACAUGGCAGAAGCAGAGCACACGUCCAGUCAAAACAGUGAUGAUUUGCAGGUCUCAUCCCUCAGCAACUCUUCGCACAACAAGUGUUUGCAGAAUGCUUCAAAGCCUCUCGCCCAAAACCAUGUCAACCAUCACAUGCCUUCAGACUCUCAGCUGCCACCCGUCUCCCUCAACUCUAAAUCAUUCACUCCCUUUAAUGGCACAUGUGAAGAGGAUCGCAGCAGCUUGGCCUCUCAGGACUCGGGAAUCCCCACCCUUGAGAUUAACCCUCCUGAGCACAUUCAUGCUCGAGUCACCACCUCUGAUCUCGUGGUUCCACCUCCACAUGACGACAGUCCAGCAACACUAAACUUGGAUAUUUCAGAUAGCUCCAUACUCAAGUCUUCCACCUUCCCACGUUGUGACUUUGAUUUGGUACGUCCUUAUGGUGCGGGCGGGCUCUCCGGUGCGGCAGGCAAGGGUACUUUGAACCGCAGUGAUGAUAUUUCAGUGUGCAGUGUUUCCAGUUUAAGCACUGAGUUUUCUGCCACAUUGUCUGUCAGUAAUGAGGACUUCCUGGACUUUAUGGUUACAUCCGAGUCCAGUGCUGUUGUUACAUUUGAGAAUGAGGAUGUCUUGCAACGUUCUGACAAUUCACUCUCGUCUCCUACUGACCUACACGGCAAGCUCAGCAGCCCUCAACGGCAUCCUGUGGGGGUCUCUACACCACAUGAGGCUAGACCCAAGAGACUAGGUCCACUCGCCAGCUUCUUCCACAGGAGUCUUUUUGCUAAAAGGAUUAAGGAUACAGGUGCGCUGGAAGAACAGAGAGAACCUGGCUGGAAGUCUGGUAAAGUUCCACUUUCAGCGAAAGACUCCAGGAAAAUACAAAAGGAAUAUGAAAGGAGGAGUGGACAGUCAAGCAGUUCAAUAUCUCCAAAGAAGAAUGUAAGAAGGAACCUAGACUUUGAGCCACUUUCAACCACAGCCCUUAUACUGGAGAACCGUCCAGCGAAUCUUCCUGCGAAGCCUGAGGAAGAAGCCCAGAAACACAAACAAGAAUAUGAGGAGAUGGUAGCUCAGGCCAAGAAGAGAGAGCUGAAAGAGGCCCAGAAGCGUAAAAAACAACUAGAGGACAGGUGUAAACUAGAGGAAAGCAUCGGCAAUGCUGCUCUCACCUGGAGUCAGGAGAUAUUACCCAACUGGCAAAGCAUGUGUUCAUCCAAGCGGGUGAGGGAUUUAUGGUGGCAGGGUCUGCCACCCAGUGUGAGGGGCAAAGUCUGGAGUCUAGCGAUAGGAAAUGAGCUAAACAUCACAGAUGAGCUGUAUAACAUCUGUUUGGCAAGAGCUAAAGAAAAGUGGAAUGCCUUUGUAACCCCAACAGCUGCUGCAGAAACAGAGAGUGAAGAUGCAGGCUUGUCUCAUGCUGAUCGAGAGGCCAGUCUAGAACUGAUCAAGUUAGACAUUUCCAGAACCUUUCCCAAUCUCUGUAUUUUCCAACAGGGAGGCCCAUACCAUGAUGUAUUGCACAGCAUUCUGGGAGCUUACACUUGCUAUCGUCCCGAUGUGGGAUAUGUGCAGGGAAUGUCCUUUAUAGCAGCAGUGUUGAUUCUCAACAUGGACACUGCUGAUGCCUUCAUUGCUUUUGCCAAUUUGUUGAACAAGCCUUGUCAAAUGGCUUUCUACAGAGUGGACCACAGCCUUAUGUUGACAUACUUUGCAGCAUUUGAAGUGUUCUUUGAAGAAAAUCUACCAAAUCUUUUUGCACAUUUUAAAAAUAACAACCUGUCCUCUGAUAUUUAUUUAAUUGACUGGAUCUUCACCCUGUACAGUAAAUCGCUCCCUCUGGACAUUGCAUGCCGCGUGUGGGACGUGUUCUGCCGCGAUGGCGAGGAAUUUCUUUUCCGCACAGCACUGGGGAUCCUGCGCCUUUACGAGGACAUCCUCACACACAUGGACUUCAUCCACAUCGCUCAGUUCCUGACUCGCUUGCCGGAAUACAUCUCUGCUGAGGAGAUCUUCUCCAGCAUAACCACCAUCAACAUGAACAGCAAGAACAAGAAAUGGGCACAAGUUCUCCAGGCUUUGCAGAAAGGACAAGAGCGGGGCAGUCCACUACUGAAACGCUAAGGCUCUUCCUCCACGCAGAGAGAACUUGUGUAUGGGUUCUCCUGCAUACCUCUGGUUCCUCAUCAGAGAAUAUCAUGUCCAGUAACCACUGUAUGUGUCCUCUUCCAUACGAACUGAUGCGUGGGCACACAAACUGACCUCACGGGGCUGGAACGGAGGCCAGACUUCACAUGAAUGUACACUCCCCACUCUCAGUUAGCUGUGGCAAUGUGAGUUUGUGAUUAUUUCAUGUCUCUGUCCUCUCAUUCCUUUCACCUUCAAUUCACGCAGAAUAAAAUAUCUUUUGCUGUGGUUUUUAUUUGUUUUUUGUUUUCUCAUGUGUUUUUACCACAAGACUUAUUGCACACUGAACUAUUAUUUAUUCUACCUCUUACUCCCUGUCUGUACUCUGUGUAUCUGUUCUCUGUCUCGCAAAUGUCUUUAAUCAGAGAUUUAAGUGGAUACUGAAAUAUAUUGCUGUGUUCAUGGUACUGUUACUGGAUUCUCUCUCCCUUUUUCCUUUUUUUCUCCCCCUUUCUUCUCUUAGAAAAUGUUGUGCCAGUCUGAAACCAAACAUACUGGAAUACUAGUAUUUCUGAAGUAAUUCAUGCUUGCAGAACUGGACUUUAGCAUAAUAAAUGUGGCUUUAACGUUGUGGUGCAGCUUAGAUCUCAUGGUGGUUGAAGUGUUGAAAAGAAGGUAGAUGAACGAUUGAGUUCAGUGACGGUGGUGGUUUUCAGUCACACGGCUCACUGCAGCAUCAGCUUGACAUCUCAUAUUGUCUUCAUUUAAUAACGGAAAAAUAAGCCUCUCUAGAUUUUGCAGUACAUUAUUCUUGAAAUUCUUCACUUUGUCAAAUUGAGAUUAAAAUCUGAUAUCGUAUUCAAAAUGUAUGAAAAGUUUUAAUACUUAAGUCUUGUUUCAUGUCAAUAACAUGCACUAAACUGGCCUAAUUUUCGGUACCAUAAUAUUUAACAGCAAUAACAGCGUUUUUCAUUUUUAUUUAAGUUUAGAGAAAUGAAUGUCCUUUUUUGGUGAAUGUUUGUCGCUGAGAAGUAUUGACAGUAUCACGUUAAACACUGGGAUGCUUAUUUAUUACAUUGAUUAGAAUUUAUGGUAAAGUUCAUGGAUUUAUUUUUGUGAGGAAAAAGACUUUUGAGUGUACGUGUUCAUACUGUAUGUACACUGUAAUAUGUAAACAAGCUAUGAAGGCACCAGAAUAUUGAACGACACUUGAUAUCUUGCACACUCGUUUAUGUUCAGAUAUUAUCAAGAAAAUGUGGUGAGACUUUUACAGCUUUGUGAUCACUGUGAUCGAAGGAAAACCUCCCACCUUUUUUGUGGUCUAACCACACUCCUGCAAUAAGCUGCUUUGCACUUUUUUUUUUCUCUUUUAUAGUUUUUUCACUGUCGUCUUCACUAUGCUAUCCGCCGUUUCAUGUUUUGUUUCUAGUCCCUCACAGUACAGGAACGCCGUGAACUUGUUUUGUGUUAAUGUUGGCUGUUUUCAUUGUAAUGCGACUUGUUCAUUGCCCUCAGUUUUAAAAUAUUUUUAUAUCUGGGAGACGCACACCAGGACCUUUAAGUAACUGGCUUUUUAUUUUUGCCUUAAGUUAUUUUAAAUAUCAGAAAAAUAAAAUAAGACUUCGUGUGUAUCCAGUGCAUUCAGCAGUUUGAGUUCGUGUUCAAAAAAAGGAGUGAAGACAAUCUUAAUUGUAAUAAAAGAUGACGUGUGUGUGUUUCGUGUGUGUAAACGACUUCAUGCUAUGUUGUGAGUUCUUGAGUGCGUACAUCAUAAUAAACAAUUCAUGCUGUUCAAAAGAGCAUACACAGGAUGUGUUGAUAAUGACGUAUGGUAAUGUAUUGUACAGUGCGUUUAUGUGAGUGUUUUCUGUGGGAAUUAAGAGAGUAAGGCAUUAGGAUGCAUAUGAAAAACUGUCCACUCCAAACUAUUCGUUGUUGGCUUUUCGUUCAUUUGUGUGAACAGUGUAUGAACAUUGAAGCGCGUGCAGACUGCGUGCAUGCAAUCCCACACUUGAAGCUUUCAGAUGUUAUUUGAGCAUGCACCGAUGCAGCUCUCAACACGCUUUAACCAAACUCUGUUCUGUAUUUGUCCAAAAAUGCUGCCUUUGCUUUAGUCGUGUCAAUACAGAUGACAUACAAAUAAAUAAAAUUGUAUACAUUCACAGUC